AUUCACCGUUCGUUUUGAACCGAAAGUAUAAAACAAAGAUGGUGGAAAUAGUUUUCGUUCGUAAUAAGGGACAGACUUUUGUCAAUAUUUUAGCGUUAACGUAAAUCUGAAACGUGAAAUAAUCGACAUUUGCUUCGAGAAGUGUGUUGUGUAAAACCGUCGAUAUUUGCGGCCACCUAAUCUGUGCACCGUUGUUGCGUAUUCAGCUCAAAGUUGAACAAUCGAAGAAAAAGCAAUGCGGAAAAUUUUCACCAUGCAAUUAUCGGUAGAUAAUUUUCCAGUGAGCAUUGCAUAAGUGACGAAAUUUGGCACAGCCAAUCACAUGUGAUUAAAAUAUGUUUCUGGUUUCUGAUAAAACAACGAUCGAUGAUGAGUACAUCUGCUCCUGGACGGGAAAGCGCACUUGCCAAUCGUAGGUAGGAAUGGCGAAAAGAGCAAGUGAAAAAAAGUGGUCUCAUAAGAAGUAACUGUAAGGGCAGGUUUGGCUCGCUCGCUUGUUUUCACCUAUGGCGGUGACUCGAAAGGCACAGCAACAGUGGCAGUGGAAUGAAUCAAUUUGUUCGGGAUUGUCCGUGAGAAUUUCCGCUUCUGACGCCAAUGUUGUACGGCACCACGUUUGACACCGAUUUCGUAAUUGGCCAUUAGAAAAGUGCUUCUUGUAAGACUUGCUGAAUUAGCUAGGUUUCCAUAUUCAAAUGACUGCGUUUACCGGCACGGUUAAACGGAUUUAAACAAUGGAAACCGAAUCGAUCAAGUCGGAACCGAGCAGCAAAACUACGAGGCGUUCAAGAGGACAUAACGGUGGCAAUAAUAGUAGCACACUGGGAUCACAUAGAGACCGCACAAGGCAUUCGCAUAGGAAUAAUCAUUUAAGGAACAAACGACCAGAUAUGGCACCGUUUCAAACUAGUGUUAACAUCGGCGACGACAGUCGCGACGGUCAGGAGGUAAUAGAAGUUCAAAUUCUGCCGCAAGAUGAAACGUGGGGCGAAAACACCACGGCUAUCACCGGUAACACAUCGGAGCAGAGCAUUUCCAUGGAGGAUGUGAGUUAUUGGCAAAUGUCCGAUGAUACGGGCAUUGGAUUCGCCUGUCAGCGGUACCUGGAAAGGAUAUUGUCCGUACUGUUGUGUACAGUAGCAUUUCUAAGUCCACUAGUUAUGGCAAUUUUACCAAAGUUGGGAUUUUUUCCAUCCGCUUUUGACAAUCUGGAAUUAACGCAAAACGAUCGUCUACAGCUGCUGGCAUGCAACGCGGAGUGUAAAGGUUUGAUGGUAUCGCUGGCCGCUAGGAUGUUGUUGCUCUCGAUCGGGCUGUGGGCUGUUUUCGUUAGAAAACCAGUCGCCAUUAUGCCUAGAAUAUUUUUCUUUCGAGCAACGGUGUUGCUGCUGGUGUUAAUAUCGACAUUCGCCUAUUGGCUGUUCUACAUUGUUCAAGUGACUGAAGGCACCAAAGCCAUUGUCUCAGGAUCGACCGCUGUGGACUACAAGACUUUGGUUUCAUAUGCUACGAACUUCACCGAUACGCUUUUGUUUAUCCAUUACGUGGCAGUUAUUCUGCUAGAAAUACGACACCUGCAACCAAUUUAUCAUAUCAAGGUGAUACGAAGUCCUGACGGAGAGUCUCACAACUAUAGCAUAGGUCAGCUCAGUAUCCAACGAACAGCGGUGUGGGUCCUUCAGCGCUAUUACACGGAAUUUACCAUCUACAAUCCGUACUUGGAACGAUUACCGGUAUCAAAAUCGCAGCGAAAAGCUUUAUCUUCGUUCAAAUAUUAUGAAGUUGACGGCGCCACACCGGCUCAGCAGCAGAGCCAAUCAAGAGCGGUUCUGGCAGCUCAUGCCCGGCGGCGUGAUUCCUCCCACAACGAGCGUUUCUACGAAGAGCACGAGUAUGACCGCCGUGUUAAAAAGCGGAGGGCUCGUCUGGUGACGGCCGCCGAAGAGGCUUUCACACAUAUCAAGCGCCUUCAAACCGAUCAACCACAACCUCAGGCUCCGGUCAUUCCGCUGGAUCCACAAGAAGCAGCACAGGCAAUCUUCCCGUCGAUGGCCCGUGCCUUGCAGAAAUAUCUCCGUAUCACACGUCAACAGCCUCGACACACCAUAGAAUCUAUACUGAAACAUCUGGCCCACUGCCUGAAAAACGACAUGUCUCCGAGAGCGUUCCUAGAACCUUACCUCGUAGAGGCACCCGUACUGCAGAACGACAAAGAGCGACGAACGAAUCACAACUGGGCCCUGAUAUGCGACGAGCUUCUGUCGCGCCCCAUUUCCGACGGAACCACGUUCCAGCUGAUCCAGAACGAUGUGUCGCUGACGAUUUCGAUCAACAAAGUUCCACAUUUCACAAUCAGCGAAGAGGUAGUCGAUCCAAAGUCCAACAAAUUCAUCCUAAAGCUAAACUCGGAAACCAGUGUGUGACCUCCUCGUCAAAGGUUUCGAACAGAGCAACUGCCGCCGCCGCAGGGUUACGGACCGGAACUACCUGGCGGCGACCGCAGUGAGAUUUUAAUGCAGCUUAAUCUGCUGUUGGCCGGUAGAAAACGAAAUCGAAAGAUUCAGGAUCGGUUAGUUUAAAUGUAGAAAAUGAGAAGAAGACAAAACAGAAAUGAGCAAUUAGGGUUUAGUGCCUCCAAAGGUGGGAUUUUUUGUCAAGUUUUUUUUCCAUUUCCGCGUGUGCUUGUGUGAAGAAUGUGAUACAGUAAAUGUAGCUUAAUAUCGUUGACUUCGGGUGCAACGUGCAGCGAUGGAAAUUUGUGAACAUAUCGGAAGUCUAUAAUCAUAAGGCAGUGUCUAGCAUCAUUCGGCUGAGUGUGCAAUUAACCCAAAAAGCGGAUUUGGUGAAGCACAGAGAAACAAAAAACGUCUGACGCCUGCGAAGCGCGUUCCAUGGCAUCAGGGUUUUGUAUCUAAGUUUGAGACAAAUCGCUUCAUUAGCAUGCUUAGCAGAGCACAACACAGCGAAUGGGCAACGUGCGCAGCUGAUUUUUUGAUUAAAUCAUAAUAGCUAUCUCAACAUGCGCACACCGUUGAAGAAUUUAACCGGACAUUGGACAAACUACAUAAGUAUUUCAAACAUCGCCGAACCAGAACGAUGGUAACUUUUACUAACCGACGUAUUCCUCUACACUACUAGCAUCGACCUUACUUUGACCGAGAGACUGGAAAUUCCUUCUUGAUACAAACAAAUUGAAGCAAAUUAAUAAUAUAAAUUUUUUUUAAUGUUGGACUUAAUUUCCAAACCUUUUAUGCGUUCUCCGUUUUUCUGUUUUCUACCAUCUUUCCUGCCUGGCUGGCUUGUGUGGUAUCAACCUGCGCGUCCCGUUUAAUUUUAUUGACGAAUUGAAUAAUCUAAUCCGUGUUUCUGGCAAUAAUCAGCAUGAAAACCUAUUAAGCCGAAGCAUAUCGAAAAGCACGAAAUUAAAUUCUCCGAGCGAUUAAAAGUCGCCUCCGAGACACAGAAAUGCAGAGUGUGUUUUUUCACCUGAGGAUCCAGUA